AUGGGGCAUCGGGCAUGGGGCAUCGGGCAUGGGGCAUUCGGGCAUGGGGCAAUCGGGCAUGGGGCAUCGGGCAUGGGCAUCGGGCAUGGGGCAUCGGGCAUGGGGCAUCGGGCAUGGGGCAUCGGGCAUGGGGCAUCGGGCAUGGGGCAUCGGGCAUGGGGCAUCGGGCAUGGGGCAUCGGGCAUGGGGCAUCGGGCAUGGGGCAUCGGGCAUGGGGCAUCGGGCAUGGGGCAUCGGGCAUGGGGCAUCGGGCAUGGGGCAUCGGGCAUGGGGCAUCGGGCAUGGGGCAUCGGGCAUGGGGCAUCGGGCAUGGGGCAUCGGGCAUGGGGCAUCGGGCAUGGGGCAUCGGGCAUGGGGCAUCGGGCAUGGGGCAUCGGGCAUGGGGCAUCGGGCAUGGGGCAUCGGGCAUGGGGCAUCGGGCAUGGGGCAUCGGGCAUGGGGCAUCGGGCAUGGGGCAUCGGGCAUGGGGCAUCGGGCAUGGGGCAUCGGGCAUGGGGCAUCGGGCAUGGGGCAUCGGGCAUGGGGCAUCGGGCAUGGGGCAUCGGGCAUGGGGCAUCGGGCAUGGGGCAUCGGGCAUGGGGCAUCGGGCAUGGGGCAUCGGGCAUGGGGCAUCGGGCAUGGGGCAUCGGGCAUGGGGCAUCGGGCAUGGGGCAUCGGGCAUGGGGCAUCGGGCAUGGGGCAUCGGGCAUGGGGCAUCGGGCAUGGGGCAUCGGGCAUGGGGCAUCGGGCAUGGGGCAUCGGGCAUGGGGCAUCGGGCAUGGGGCAUCGGGCAUGGGGCAUCGGGCAUGGGGCAUCGGGCAUGGGGCAUCGGGCAUGGGGCAUCGGGCAUGGGGCAUCGGGCAUGGGGCAUCGGGCAUGGGGCAUCGGGCAUGGGGCAUCGGGCAUGGGGCAUCGGGCAUGGGGCAUCGGGCAUGGGGCAUCGGGCAUGGGGCAUCGGGCAUGGGCAUCGGGCAUGGGGCAUCGGGCAUGGGGCAUCGGGCAUGGGGCAUCGGGCAUGGGGCAUCGGGCAUGGGGCAUCGGGCAUGGGGCAUCGGGCAUGGGGCAUCGGGCAUGGGGCAUCGGGCAUGGGGCAUCGGGGCAUUCGGCAUGGGGCAUCGGGCAUGGGGGCAUCGGGCAUGGGGCAUCGGGCAUGGGGCAUCGGGCAUGGGGCAUCGGGCAUGGGGCAUCGGGCAUGGGGCAUCGGGCAUGGGCAUCGGGCAUGGGGCAUCGGGCAUGGGGCAUCGGCAUGGGGCAUCGGGCAUGGGGCAUCGGGCAUGGGGCAUCGGGCAUGGGGCAUCGGGCAUGGGGCAUCGGGCAUGGGGCAUCGGGCAUGGGGCAUCGGGCAUGGGGCAUCGGGCAUGGGGCAUCGGGCCAUGGGGCAUCGGGCAUGGGGCAUCGGGCAUGGGGCAUCGGGCAUGGGGCAUCGGGCAUGGGGCAUCGGGCAUGGGGCAUCGGGCAUGGGGCAUCGGGGCAUGGGGGCAUCGGGCAUGGGGCAUCGGGCAUGGGGCAUCGGGCAUGGGGCAUCGGGCAUGGGGCAUCGGGCAUGGGGCAUCGGGGCAUGGGGCAUCGGGCAUGGGGCAUCGGGCAUGGGGCAUCGGGCAUGGGGGCAUCGGGCAUGGGGCAUCGGGCAUGGGGCAUCGGGCAUGGGGCAUCGGGCAUGGGGCAUCGGGCAUGGGGCAUCGGGCAUGGGGCAUCGGGCAUGGGGCAUCGGGCAUGGGGCAUCGGGCAUGGGGCAUCGGGCAUGGGGCAUCGGGCAUGGGGCAUCGGGCAUGGGGCAUCGGGCAUGGGGCAUCGGGCAUGGGGCAUCGGGCAUGGGGCAUCGGGCAUGGGGCAUCGGGCAUGGGGCAUCGGGCAUGGGGCAUCGGGCAUGGGGCAUCGGGCAUGGGGCAUCGGGCAUGGGGCAUCGGGCAUGGGGCAUCGGGCAUGGGGCAUCGGGCAUGGGGCAUCGGGCAUGGGGCAUCGGGCAUGGGGCAUCGGGCAUGGGGCAUCGGGCAUGGGGCAUCGGGCAUGGGGCAUCGGGCAUGGGGGCAUCGGGCAUGGGGCAUCGGGCAUGGGGCAUCGGGCAUGGGGCAUCGGGCAUGGGGCAUCGGGCAUGGGGCAUCGGGCAUGGGGCAUCGGGCAUGGGGCAUCGGGCAUGGGGCAUCGGGCAUGGGGCAUCGGGCAUGGGGCAUCGGGCAUGGGGCAUCGGGCAUGGGGCAUCGGGCAUGGGGCAUCGGGCAUGGGGCAUCGGGCAUGGGGCAUCGGGCAUGGGGCAUCGGGCAUGGGGCAUCGGGCAUGGGGCAUCGGGCAUGGGGCAUCGGGCAUGGGGCAUCGGGCAUGGGGCAUCGGGCAUGGGGCAUCGGGCAUGGGGCAUCGGGCAUGGGGCAUCGGGCAUGGGGCAUCGGGCAUGGGGCAUCGGGCAUGGGGCAUCGGGCAUGGGGCAUCGGGCAUGGGGCAUCGGGCAUGGGGCAUCGGGCAUGGGGCAUCGGGCAUGGGGCAUCGGGCAUGGGGCAUCGGGCAUGGGGCAUCGGGCAUGGGGCAUCGGGCAUGGGGCAUCGGGCAUGGGGCAUCGGGCAUGGGGCAUCGGGCAUGGGGCAUCGGGCAUGGGGCAUCGGGCAUGGGGCAUCGGGCAUGGGGCAUCGGGCAUGGGGCAUCGGGGCAUCGGGCAUGGGGCAUCGGGCAUGGGGCAUCGGGCAUGGGGCAUCGGGCAUGGGGCAUCGGGCAUGGGGCAUCGGGCAUGGGGCAUCGGGCAUGGGGCAUCGGGCAUGGGGCAUCGGGCAUGGGGCAUCGGGCAUGGGCAUCGGGCAUGGGGCAUCGGCAUGGGGCAUCGGGCAUGGGGCAUCGGGCAUGGGGCAUCGGGCAUGGGGCAUCGGGCAUGGGGCAUCGGGCAUGGGGCAUCGGGCAUGGGGCAUCGGGCAUGGGGCAAUCGGGCAUGGGGCAUCGGGCAUGGGGGCAUCGGGCAUGGGGCAUCGGGCAUGGGGGCAUCGGGCAUGGGGCAAUCGGGCAUGGGGCAUCGGGCAUGGGGCAUCGGGCAUGGGGCAUCGGGCAUGGGGCAUCGGGCAUGGGGCAUCGGGCAUGGGGCAUCGGGCAUGGGGCAUCGGGCAUGGGCAUCGGGCAUGGGCAUCGGGCAUGGGCAUCGGGCAGGGAGGCAUCGGGCAUGGGGCAUCGGGCAUGGGGCAUCGGGCAUGGGGCAUCGGGCAUGGGGCAUCGGGCAUGGGGCAUCGGGCAUGGGGCAUCGGGCAUGGGGCAUCGGGCAUGGGGCAUCGGGCAUGGGGCAUCGGGCAUGGGGCAUCGGGCAUGGGGCAUCGGGCAUGGGGCAUCGGGCAUGGGGCAUCGGGCAUGGGGCAUCGGGCAUGGGGCAUCGGGCAUGGGGCAUCGGGCAUGGGGCAUCGGGCAUGGGGCAUCGGGCAUGGGGCAUCGGGCAUGGGGCAUCGGGCAUGGGGCAUCGGGCAUGGGGCAUCGGGCAUGGGGCAUCGGGCAUGGGGCAUCGGGCAUGGGGCAUCGGGCAUGGGGCAUCGGGCAUGGGGCAUCGGGCAUGGGGCAUCGGGCAUGGGGCAUCGGGCAUGGGGCAUCGGGCAUGGGGCAUCGGGCAUGGGGCAUCGGGCAUGGGGCAUCGGGCAUGGGGCAUCGGGCAUGGGGCAUCGGGCAUGGGGCAUCGGGCAUGGGGCAUCGGGCAUGGGGCAUCGGGCAUGGGGCAUCGGGCAUGGGGCAUCGGGCAUGGGGCAUCGGGCAUGGGGCAUCGGGCAUGGGGCAUCGGGCAUGGGGCAUCGGGCAUGGGGCAUCGGGCAUGGGGCAUCGGGCAUGGGGCAUCGGGCAUGGGGCAUCGGGCAUGGGGCAUCGGGCAUGGGGCAUCGGGCAUGGGGCAUCGGGCAUGGGCAUCGGCAUGGGGCAUCGGGCAUGGGGCAUCGGGCAUGGGGCAUCGGGCAUGGGGCAUCGGGCAUGGGGCAUCGGGCAUGGGGCAUCGGGCAUGGGGCAUCGGGCAUGGGGCAUCGGGCAUGGGGCAUCGGGCAUGGGGCAUCGGGCAUGGGGCAUCGGGCAUGGGGCAUCGGGCAUGGGGUAUCGGGCAUGGGGCAUCGGGCAUGGGCAAACCAACCAUGGCGGGGUGGUGGUGGUGGUGGUGGUGGUGGUGGUGGUGGUGGUGGUGGUGGUGGUGGUGGUGGUGGUGGUGGUGGUGGUGGUGGUGGUGGUGGUGGUGGUGGUGGUGGUGGUGGUGGUGGUGGUGGUGGUGGUGGUGGUGGUGGUGGUGGUGGUGAUGGAUGA